AUGGCUCCUGUCUUCACCAACUCCAAUGGCUGUCCCAUCCCAGGCGACGCCUUUGCUACCCAGAGAAUCGGCAAGCACGGUCCUCUCUUGUUGCAGGACUUCAACUUGAUUGACUCUCUUGCCCACUUCGACAGAGAAAGAAUCCCAGAAAGAGUUGUCCAUGCCAAGGGAUCCGGUGCCUACGGUGUUUUCGAAGUCACAGACGACAUCACAGAUGUCUGUGGUGCCGCUUUCUUGGACACCAUCGGUAAGAAGACCAAGGUUUUCACCCGUUUCUCCACUGUUGGUGGUGAAGCCGGUUCUGCUGACACCGCUAGAGACCCAAGAGGUUUCGCUACCAAGUUCUACACCGAAGAAGGUAACUUAGACUUGGUCUACAACAACACUCCAGUCUUUUUCAUCAGAGACCCUUCCAAGUUCCCUCACUUCAUCCACACCCAAAAGAGAAACCCAGAGACCCACUUGAAGGAUGCUAACAUGUUCUGGGACUAUUUGACCACCAACCAGGAAGCCAUCCACCAAGUUUGUAUUCUUUUCUCCGACAGAGGUACCCCAGCUUCCUACAGAGAAAUGAACGGUUACUCUGGACACACCUACAAGUGGUCCAACAAGAAGGGUGAAUGGUUCUACGUGCAGGUCCACUUUAUUUCUGACCAGGGUAUCAAGACUUUGUCGAACGAAGAGGCUGGUGCCUUGGCCGGUUCAAACCCAGACUAUGCCCAAGAAGACUUGUUCAAGAACAUCGCUGCAGGCAACGGUCCAUCGUGGACUUGUUAUGUGCAGACCAUGACUCAAGAACAGGCCAAGAACGCUCCAUUCUCAGUCUUUGACUUGACCAAGGUCUGGCCUCACAGCGAUUAUCCUUUGAGAAGAUUCGGUAAGUUCCAACUUAACGAAAACCCAAAGAACUACUUUGCCGAAGUUGAACAAGCUGCCUUCUCUCCAGCCCACACUGUUCCAUACAUGGAACCAUCGGCUGACCCAGUUUUGCAAUCGAGAUUGUUCUCUUAUGCCGACACACACAGACACAGAUUGGGUACAAACUACACCCAGAUUCCUGUCAACUGUCCAGUUACAGGCGCUGUCUACAACCCACACAUGAGAGACGGUCACAUGAACGUGAACGGCAAUUUGGGAAGCACUCCAAACUACUUGGACACUUCUAAGCCUGUUGAAUUCAAGCAAUUCGCCUUGCAAGAAGAACAAGAAGUCUGGGAAGGUGCUGCUUGUCCAUUCCACUGGAAGUACACUGAUGAAGACUUCAAGCAAGCCACAGCUUUGUACAAUGUCUUGAAGAGAUAUCCUAACCAACAGGCCCAUUUGGCCCACAACGUCUCAGUGCAUGUUGCUGCUGCUGACGCUCACAUCCAAGACAGAGUGUUUGAAAUGUUCUCCAAGGUCCACCCAGACUUGGGCGCUGCCAUUAAGAAGGAAACCUUGCAAUUGUCUCCAAGAAAGUAA